AUGAGUAGUGAGCUGCCUACUUUGUACAACGAAUGGAAGCCUGCUGUUGAUCUGGCUGCUAUUGAUUGUGCUGAUGAAAGCAACAGAAAAGUGUGCACCAAUUUCGGCAUUACCGGAUAUCCCGCUCUGAAGGGAACAGCGUACGCUAUUCUGUGUCAGCCGCGACACAAAGAUACACACUUGAGGUUAUGUUUAGUGGUUGUGCGCCCUCACUCCUCUUUCUGCUCCUCCAUCAGACUUAAUGAAGCUCGUACCUUUUACUCAUACGCCCUCCAGAGGUUGCCAGGGGUAGUGCGGACAGGCAAACCCCAGAUUCCCAUCACUGAUCUUAUCAAGAACUCAACUCUACAGGACUGGAGGCCAUUUAACAAGACACGCGUUUAUAUGUCUGAUUUGGAAUCAGCGCUGCAUUACUCUCUGCGUGUGGAGCUGUCUGGACAUAUCAGCAUCAGUGGAGAUGAUCUGAUUGCACUCAAAAAGUACAUAAAUGUACUGGCUAAGUAUUUCCCAGGUCGUCCAUCUGUAAAGAGUGCACUGAACACGGUGGACAGCUGGUUACAACUACAGAAGGGGUUGGAGAUCAAAUACAGUGAUUUUAGAGAUGUCCUGGACAACACUGUACAGACGAGUGACGCGGUGUUGCCUGAGGGUGUACAGUGGGUGGGCUGCCAGGGAUCUCAAGCCCAUUUCCGUGGAUAUCCCUGCGCUGUUUGGACCCUCUUCCAUGUGCUCUCGGUGCAGGCUAAAGAAAUGUCCAGCCCAGACCCUCAGGACGUGUUGCAGGCGAUGAGAAGUUAUGUCAGCAGCUUUUUCGGGUGCAGGUCAUGUGCAACUCACUUUGAAAGUAUGGCCCAAGAGAGCAUGGAUCAUGUGACCUCGCUGUCCACCGCUGUCCUUUGGCUUUGGUCUCACCACAACCGGGUCAACAACCGUCUGGCAGGAGAACUCAGCGAGGACCCACAUUUCCCUAAGAUUCAGUGGCCGUCUCCGGAGUUGUGUCCUAGCUGUCAUGGUUUAAAGAAGACCGGUGAGCACAACUGGAACCAAGAAGAGGUGCUGACCUUCCUCCGAAACUACUUUUCUUCUGGUCACAUUCUAACAGACUACCUGCAGGACGAGACCCAGGCUCUCAUCUAUCAGAGAAACCGACUCACGGCAGCUCGGAUGGAGAAAGAAGCCGGACGCGGUGUAGAAAGGAGAGCUCGAGAGGUUCUGGACAGCCACCCUGCCGAAGAGCCUCAAGAAGAAGAAGAGCAGCAGCAGGAGGAGGAGGAGGAGGAGGAAGAACCAGCACUGGAGGAGCAAGCUGGUGAGCCGUACCCUGCGGGGUUAGACAGAAUGGGGGUGGCUGAAGCAGACAAGGCUGAUAACCAGGCGCCUUGGGAGAAGCCACAGCGGCCACAGUCCCAACAAAAACCAAAAAUUGUGGGAAUGAAAUUACGGGAGCCCCAGGAAGACAUAGUAGACCUGGAUUUAUUUGUCAACCAACACUAUAAAGCCAAAGCCCUCCGAGCUGCAGCCAUGUCUGGCGUAGUGCGACGGAGGAGUCUGAAGAAGGAGGAGGAUGUGGAAGACCUCCAGUUUGAGGGAGGCUGGAGGGUGAAGCGAGAUCUGGGAAGCCUGGAAGAGAACCUCGGUGCUGGGGUCGGGAUAGAGCCGUACCCCAGACCCCAAAGCAAGCGCUGGACGUCCCUGCUCAGCGUGGGAUUCUCCAGGCUGGAUGUGAGCCUGUGUGUCCUGCUGUAUCUCCUCUCCACCAUGUGUCUGCUCGCCAUGUACCUGUAUUUCAAACUGAGGAAAAAGCUGCGACGUGCUAAAGUGUCUCUUCCCUAGAGCAUCGCUCCAGUGCAAACUUUUACUUUUUAGCAGGAAUGACCAACUCUUACAAUCUGUGGCUACUAGAGAAACCGUCAGCUUCAGCACCAAAGUAUUGACGCACAGAAAUCGAGAGUUUACAAAGAACUGUUUUUAAUUUGAUGGUAAUUAAUUUUGUUUUACAGACCCUACACUUGUCUGCUUGUGGUCUGUUUUUUUUUUUUUUUUUUAACUCCUGUGAGGUUUUUUUAAGCAUCUAGUGAUGGAAAAAUUAUAAUCGUAAUUUAUGUCUUUUAUUUGUUUAUCGUACAAAAACAUAAUUCUAAAACAUUUUAUUGCAUUCAUAAAAGCACCAACCAUUUUGUAUAAUUUCCGUAAAACAAAAUGAAGAUAUAAGAAAUACUUUAUCACAAUAACAUAGCAUCUUUAACAUGACCUUUUUUUAAGUAAAAUAAUUAAAUGCAUAUUUUUUGGAAUUUGGAACCCAAUUAACUCUUACCAUGGUUAUCAUAAUGAAAAUAUCUGUGUGUUUAAUUCUUUUAAUUUCACUGUGAUUUUACUGCCUGUCCAUUCACUGUGCCUUUCUGAUCAAAUAUUUGAUUUUGUCA